AUGGAGACUCUUAAAGACCUUCUACCUGCGGCCAAAGCUACGACUACGACGUUUUACGACCAUUCUAAUGAUCCAUGGUUCAAGAACCGUUUCACCGAAUCCGAGACGGAAAAAUCCUCCGCCGUGGCCUUCAAAGCGGUGCCUGCUUACCUGAAGCGGCAAGGCUUCCGUCCGAGGAACCCCGAGGACUUUGGGGAUGGUGGUGCUUUCCCUGAGAUUCAUGUUGCUCAGUAUCCUCUUGGCAUGGGAAAGAACAAGUCCAAUAAGCCUGGUUCCAAGACUCUCCCUGUUACUGUGGAUGCUCAGGGAAACGUGGUCUUUGACGCCAUUGUGAGGCUGAAUGAGAAUUCGAAGAAGAUUGUGUACUCUCAGCAUAAGGAUAUCAUCCCCAAGAUACUGAAAAACGAGGGGGACUUGGAUGCUGUGGUGGAUGAGGAGGAUGAGCUGCAGAAGCAGAUUCAGGAGACUGCGGAAGAAACGAAAGCUGCCAUUGAGAAGAUUGUGAACGUGAGGCUGAGUGCAGCGCAGCCUAACAACGUACCGAGGCAAUCAGGCGACUCGAAGUAUAUCAAAUAUAAGCCAUCCCAGCAAUCUUCAGCGUUCAAUUCAGGGGCUAAAGAGAGGAUCAUUAGGAUGGUGGAGAUGCCUGUGGAUCCACUUGAUCCACCAAAGUUCAAGCACAAGAGAGUGCCAAAGGCUUCUGGCUCUCCUCCUGUUCCCGUCAUGCAUUCGCCGCCGAGGCCUGUUACCGUCAAGGACCAGCAAGACUGGAAAAUCCCUCCUUGUAUCUCCAACUGGAAAAAUCCGAAAGGUUAUACCAUCCCUCUUGAUAAGCGUCUUGCUGCUGAUGGAAGAGGGCUACAAGACGUUCAGAUCAAUGAUAACUUCGCCAAGUUAUCAGAGGCCCUCUAUGUAGCUGAGCAGAAAGCUAGAGAGGCUGUUUCAAUGCGGUCAAAGGUGCAGAAAGAGAUGAUGAUGAAGGAGAAGGAGAGAAAAGAGCAGGAAUUGAGGGCACUUGCCCAAAAAGCUCGGUCUGAAAGGACUGGUGCUGCUGCGAGCAUGCCUGUCUCAUCUGACCGGGACAGGGGUAGGAGCGAAAGUGUUGACCCAAGAGGUGAUUACGACUAUGACCGCGAGAGAGAAAGAGAUAGGGAAAGAGAAAGAGAGAGGGAAGGGCCAAAAGAGAGUAGAGAAGAGAGGGAAGAGCGUAUGCAGAGGGAGAAGAUCCGAGAAGAGCGUCGGAGGGAAAGAGAGAGGGAGAGAAGGUUGGAAGCCAAAGAUGCUGCAAUGGGGAAGAAGAGCAAGAUCACGAGAGACAGAGACCGUGAUAUCAGUGAGAAAGUUGCUCUUGGAAUGGCAUCUACGGGAGGAAAAGGCGGUGAAGUUAUGUACGAUCAACGUCUGUUUAACCAAGAGAAAGGAAUGGACUCUGGUUUCGCCACGGAUGACCAAUACAAUGUUUAUGACAAAGGCUUGUUCACUGCACAAGCCACUCUUUCGACCCUGUACAAGCCAAAGAAGGAUACUGACGAGGAGAUGUACGGAAACGCAGACGAGCAGCUUGAGAAGCUCAAGAACACUGAGAGGUUUAAACCAGACAAAGCUUUCACCGGUGCUUCCGAGAGGGCGGGAAGCAAGAGAGAACGACCUGUUGAGUUUGAGAAAGAAGAUGAUCCUUUUGGUCUUGACCAGUUUGUGACUGAUUUGAAGAAAGGUAAGAAACCUUUGGACAAAAUCGGAUCUGGAGGAACUAUGAGGGCAAGUGGCGGAGGUGGUGGCUCGUCAAGGGAUGAUUAUGGUGGUUCUGGUCGAACCAAGAUCAAUUUCUCACGUGGUGAUCGUUAA